AUGUCUGGUCAAUCUAGUGUCGGUAACCGUGCCAUCUAUGAGGCUGGUGACCAGCGCAAUGCUCCUCAGUCUGAGAUCCGCGAAGCCGAGCGCUACAAGGAGGGUCAGCACGGUAGCCACAAGAACUUGGAUUCCAAGGACCAACGCUCCAUUGGCAACAAGCUUGCCGCCCAAAGUGGCAAGGCCGAUCCAUCGCAUCACCACAACAAUGAGUUCAACGAGGAGGCUGAGUUGAGCAAGCAGGACCCUACUAAGCCUGCCAAGCUCCACGGAAACAAGCCCUCAAAGGGCGCUCAGAUCGAUGCUGAGCUCCAGGCUGAGGAUGAGCAGCGCCUUCGCGAAAAGGGCAUCAAGAAAUAA